GGGCGCUGCACGGUCCUUGGACCUCGUAGGGUGGCCGCUGUGGACGGACUGCGCUAGGAACCGAGUGUCGCUGGCCGUCGUGGCUUGGGGUUCGGCUGCUCAUCCACUGUCUUGUAUGAGGCUUAAUUCGGCCUGGGAUGCAGCUACUCGUGCGUACACUCUGCCAGCGCGCCCGGAUCCAGAGUCCGAGGUCGACCGUGCACCCCUCAGCUUCCCCGCGUCUCCUGCCCCGCCAUGUCGGACCUCGCCCCCGCGGUGAACGGACGGACCGCAGGCCGAGACCGCUCGUCCUCGGCCCUCGCAGCACACACACCUCCACCCCCCAGCCCGAGCCCGCCUCAUACACACGUAGACCCGGGAGCGCGCCCGAAGUCAGCGUCGACGUCGACGGUGGUGCGCAUGCCUCCCCCGACUCGGGCUCCGGCUCGGGCUCGUGGGGCCUGGGGCCGUGGACCUGUCCGCGUGCGUAGUGUGAGGUGAGGUGUGCGCGUGCGGCGUGCGUGCGUAUGGGGGUGAGGGUAUGCUGAGGCCUUGGAUUGACGGGGG